UUUCUUGAACAUUUGAUCCAUUUGUUUUUCUAAAUCCUUGCAUUCCCAAAUGAGUAUCCUGCAACCCCUUAAGCUGCCCCAUCGGUUUUCUAUAUGCAGAGAUCGACAGUAUUUUAUUGUUCGGCCCGCUUUUAAAUCACCCGCUUUCUCAGACUUCAACUUUUCUCGGCAUUCCGUAACUUCUAAAGCGGAAGUUUUUGAGCUGGAGUUGAAUUGCUGCUUCAACAAUAAUUGGUCAGCGAUUCAAUGCAAUGGAAAACAUUCAGGUCAAGAGGAAGACGAGAAUAUGAUGGCCCAGGUAUUUGCCAAAGAAAGAUCUAGUGCAUUAGCUGCACUUGCCUUAGGUUUGUUGUCCCCUUGUGAUGCAUUGGCAGAAACAUGCACAGAUAAUACAGGGCAGAUAUUCAAUAUGCCACUACUUUUUGGUAUAGCCCUGAUAGGAGCUACUGUUGGAGGUUUGCUUGCAAGACAAAGAAGGUUUGAACUGGAAAGAUUGAAUUCUCAGCUGCGCCAGAUAAACACAGCAUUGAGAAGGCAAGUCCGCAUAGAGUCAUAUGCACCCAACUUGAGCUAUGCACCAGUUGGUCGCACCUCUGAAAUAGAAACAAAAACUGAUACAAGAAGGGAUGAAAUGAUGUCAAAGUUAAGAGAAGGAAAAAAAGCUCUAAGGUUUAAUAAUCCAAAAAAAGCAUUUGAAGAAUUUAAAGCAGCUCUUGAAAUUGCUGAGAGUCUUGGGGAUGCCACUGAAGCCAAAAAAGCAGCUCGAGGAUUGGGGGCCUCAUGCCAGCAGCAGCGCAAAUACCGUGAAGCUAUAAAAUAUCAUUCCACGGUCUUAUCUAUCUCAGAGAAGACAAAAGAGCACUCAGGAAGCACUGAGGCUUAUGGAGCAAUAGCUGACUGCUAUACUGAACUCGGGGAUUUGGAGACAGCAGCAAAAUACUAUGACAAUUACAUAGAAAGGUUAGAGACUGAUUGACAGAUUGGGUUUGUGAUGAUUCAUUUUUUUAACAAGAGCUUCAUGUAUCUUAGAAAAGACAUAUAUCUCAAUCACUAAGGGAAUUGAUAAAUGUUCAAGGCAUCUAAGCUUCCAUGUACAAAUGUUUGUUGCUAGUCGAAGUGGGAAUUUGAGUAGUAAGUUUCAGCUGUUGUUUAUAUCUGGCUACUCACAAUUGUAGGAGAUCUGCAAAACAACAAUUCGAGUUAUGCAACUAUCCAUUAACAUAUAUUACCCACUACCCACAAGACACUUCAUUGUAGGUUUACUUUGAAGUUCACUGUAUCAUCUGUGUUGUGACUUGGAAAAUACCAUUUUAGGCAUAGGUCUAAAUGUGAGUGAUAGGUUUUAUCAAAGUUUGGAACUGUUUUUGGAUAUGCUGUAUAACUUAAGAACAAAUGCAAAAUGAAUUUUGUAUCA